AGAAAAUGGCGGCGCCCAUGAAAACGUGAAGAUUUCCAAUCCUGUGACAAAUUGAGACUUUGUAGAUAUAUACAAGACAUGGUCUAGACAAUUAACAAAUGUAUUUCCAUACUUAAAAGAGUCAAGAUGAAAGUGAAGCGACUGAAGCAUGUCAGGAGGGUCCUUAAAUUUUACAGAAACAAUUACGAUUUCCUACCUCCAUAUAAAGUUAUGAUAGAUGGGACAAUGUGUAAAGCUGCUUUAAACUUUCAAGUGAACAUUGCAGAGCAGCUUCAUCAUUAUUUAGAGUCAGAUGUUGAGAUAUGUACAACAGCAUGUGUAAUGGCAGAGUGUGAAGCCUUAGGUACCUUGUUGUAUGGUCCAUUGAAGGUGUUGAGACAAUAUAAGGUUGAACCUUGUCACCAUGACCCAGUUAAACUAGCCACAGAUUGUAUGUACCGUAUGGCCAGACAGCACAAAUACUUCAUAGGAACUCAGGACCAAACACUGAGUGAGAACAUCCGUAAGAGAGCUGGUAUUCCUUUGAUUUACAUCUCUCAUAAGACACUUAACCUGGAGGCCCCUUCCGCUACAUCCUGCAAAAAAGCACAAGAGGCAAUAGACUCUAAAAUGAAAGAGCACGGCCAACAUAACAUUGUGUCUAAUCUCAAAAAGGAGCUAUUUGGAGAACCUGAGGAACCAAAGCAUAAAAAACGGAAAGGACCAAAAGGAAAGAAUCCUUUAUCUUGUUUAAAAAGUAAAAAGAGAAAGCACAGUGCAACAACUGUAAAGGAUAUUGAUAAGGAUAAACCUAAACGCAAAAGGAAAAGACACAAUAGGAGUAAAGUGAAAUUGAAUGUGCAAUAAAUAAUAUCUUAAUCAUUGGAAUAAAGUAUGAAACAUAAAAAACUAGCUAUUGUUUAAAGAUGACGCUACAGUAUUUGAUAGUAUUUCAUUUUGACUGCUUUAUGGAGCAUUACUUUCUGGACAAGGUUCUAUCAUAGUGUUUCUCAUCUGACAAUAGAAGAUUAUGAACCAGUUCUCUUUACCAUGAACAUAAGUUGGUGAGUAUAAGUUUAAAUCUGUUUUUGUCCAGCCACCAUGUGUUUUAAAUUUUACAUGGCACCCAGUGUUUAAGAAUAAUUUUGCAAUUUUUUAUUUGCCCAAUUAUUUCUUAUUCUGAAUAUAUGAAUUUGUACCCGCAAACUAGCAUAAGUUACUACCCUCAUUUUGUUUGACCAACAUCAUGGUAAACCAUGAUAUCCCAUUUCUUCUUAGCCAUGAGAUGUCUUAAAUGAACAGAAAGAUGUGAUGAGUAUCAGACAUGUCAGAAUCUUCAACCAUACCA